UAAUACAGCUGCCAACUGUUUGUCUAGGAUACUUUGUGACUGGAUUUUGAUGCCUUCAAACCUUUUCUACUGUGUGACAUGGGUGUUUAGGACAUCUACGAGAUUGCAAGCUGUUUCGUGGUUGAAUGGGAAUAUGUAGCUGAGGUGCUUGUACAAAACUAGAAGAGCUUUAACAACUUUACUUGGUCUGACUCCAGAAAAAAGACAAGGUGGAUCACAAAACCAUGGUGAAGUUGGUAGCUGCCCUUUUUUGCACAGGUUGUUUUCUGCUCACAGUUGCAGGCAACGAUGACUUUGACUUAUCCGAUGCUCUUCCUGACACAGUUACUAAGAAGCCUCCUCCAACUACCAAAAGGCCUUCAGUGGGUGACAACCCCAGACCUAAGCCGUAUCCUGACCUUGGACCACAAUCAGGUGGUCAAGGAAAUAACGGUGACAACUCCAGACCUAAGCUGUAUCCUGACCUGAGACCACAUUCAGGUGGCCAUGGAAAUGAUGAUCCUGAUCUUCAUUUAGGAGAUGCCCUUGGUGGUGGUGAUGGUCACCUGAACCCUCAACCAAACCCACGGCCACGGCCACGGCCACAGCCAGGAAGCCAUGGUUAUUCUGAUAAUUUUAGUGAUUUGGAUCUCAAUGAUGGGAAACCUCUACCUCCAAGGUCACCAGGUGAAAAUGAGCACAUUUCAGAUCAAGGUGGAAAUAUUGUUGAUUCUAGUUCGACAGCUCAGAUUACAUCCCCCGUUGUGACUGUAGUUGUGCUGCUAGCUGUUGGGGCUGUAGCUGGCUAUACUGCUUACAAGAAAAAGAGAUACUGUUUUAAACCAAGAGAUGGAGCAGUUGUCUAAACCAUCAAGAAACCAGCUGAGAAAUGCUGACUUCCAGAAGAUCAUCCAAACUCUAAUGCACUGUUAUGUUUAUGUAUAGAUCCUCUCAUUGAGAUUUUACUUGGGUGAAAAAUGUUUAAAACUGAGAGACUAAUUGCACACAACUACACAAGAGUUCAUUAAAAAAGAUUCUAAAAUUCAUAAUUUGUAAAACAAAAUUGCCUUUCUACUAUAUUUUCUGCUUAUGUAGGUGAAAUCAGAACAUGCUUGUUACGUUAGUGGUAGCUUUGAACAACAUGUAGGAUUAUUUGCCACUGACAAUCAGAGUCUGAAUAAAUCUUUAUGACAGUAUAAAGUGAUUUAUCUCAGUUUAAACAUUGCUAGCUAUUUGGCUGAGUCUAAUGCAUUUUAGUAAUAUUUUAUUAAAUAACAGAUGUCCUGUUCAGUAAAUGCAGCCCCCAAACAAUCUUGAGAUCCAGAGUAUGUGACAAACUUCAUUCUUUCAACAAGUCUAUCUGUAUAUUAGGAUCAAUAAUGGAGACCCUUUUCUGGGUGUUUCCAUCUUCGGUGACAAGGCUUCUUGGUUGCGAUGCCCUGUCUAUAGAAUGCCCUCCCCAGAUCUAUUUGCCUAGGGCCCUCACCAUUAUCGUAAGCAAAGGCUAUUUUAUUUUUUUGUGCUGUUUACUGAAAUCUACCUUUUAGAUCUCUUUUGGUUGCUGUUAUUUUGUUGACACUUCUGAUUUUCAUCAGUUGUACCCCAUUAACUUCUUUCAUCCUGGUUGUAUGGAAGGACAUGAUAUUCUUUAAUUUACUCUAUUGAUAUACGUGAGAUACGAACAUCAUUGAAAGAAAUGAAAUUCACUUCUAAGUAAUAUCCCUAAAUUAGCUAUGAGAACCAAAUGAAAAAACAAGUUUUAGCCUAGUAUGAGAAAAAAGUGUAUCAUUGCACUGUGCAGUGUUAAAAACUCUGAUGUGAUCAUCCCAGAGUGCAGGACAUAGAAUAAUGGGCUCAAGUUUACAGGAAGCCAGAUUUUGGCUGAACAUCAGGAAAAAAUUCUUAACUGUUAGAGCAGUAUGACAAUGGAACCAAUUACCUAGGGCAGUGGUGGGCUCUCCAACCCUGGAAGCAUUCAAGAGGCAGCUGGACAGCCACCUGUCUGGUAUGCUUUAAUUUGUAUUCCUGCAUUGAGAGGGGAUUGGACUCUAUGGCCUUAUAGGCCCCUUCCAGUUCUACUAUGUUAUGAUUCUAUGAUUUAUUCAAGGCAACACACUACACGAAUGGGUCACUUGUUUUGGUGUGAUUGGCUGAAACAUCGGCUUGGUAAUGACAUCAUCAGGGUCAGAAGAAUGUACACAGGUUGCUGUCGUCUCUGUGGAAGCUUCCUAUGUAACUGAGAAAAGUUCUUCAUCACAUGGGAAAGACUCUCUGCUGCAGAGGUUCAUCCUUAUCACGUGAGUAAUUGGAGAAUUCACAUGACCUUGGGGGCAGGGUUAAACAUAGGGCCCCACAGCCCCUCUGUACUUUCAACCCAGUAUCCUCUAGGAGGACUCAAGGAUUUCUGGUUUAGUGCUAUUGUAAGUAAAAGUGGCAGUAGGAUACACUGUGAUGUAUAGAUUUUUCUCUAAAGUGUGGAAUGAAUAAAUCCCCCUCUCCCAAGUUUUCUGUCUUUAUUUUUUAAUAAACAAUAAUUUCUCAUCGUCA